CGCGCGUGAUCUCCACAGAUCUGUGCAGAGCGAAGCGUGAGUUGCUUCAAAGUCGCGCGUCAUAUCAUACACAACUCUGCAUGACACCACCCUCAAAUAAUGGAAUCGUAAACCUGUAUUCUUGUGGAUUCAGGCUGCCAGUACCAGGCUGAGGAUACAGGUGCAUUCAGACUCACCAAAUCGUAUCAUCAGGUGGAAGGCGUGCAAAAAAACGGACUUUCAUAAGUCAAUGAAAAAUGUGGAUCUACGCAAGUAUAUUCACAUACGCGCUUCUUUUGGCGAAGGAUGCAAUUGCUAUUAAUAAGAUUUUCGGUGAGACUGAGCCAGUCAGGAUGACUUCUGAGGGCUCAGACUGCCGCUGUAAGUGUGUGAUGCGGCCGUUGAGCAUUGAGGCAUGUGUGAGGCUCCGUGACGGAAGCUUGCGAGUGGAUGACUUUUACACCGUGGAGACGGUGAGCUCAGGCUCUGACUGUAAAUGUUCCUGCACGGCUCCUCCCUCCUCACUGAACCCAUGUGAAAAUGAAUGGAGAACAGAAAAACUGAGGAAACAGGCUCCUGAACUACUCAAGCUCCAUUCUAUGGUGGAUCUGCUGGAAGGAACGCUGUAUAGUAUGGAUCUAAUGAAGGUCCAUGCUUACAUGAACAAGGUUGUGGCUCAGAUGAACACAUUGGAAGAGUCCAUAAAGACAAACCUCACUCGGGAGAAUGACUUUGUGAGAGACAGUGUUGUGAAUCUGUCUAAUCAGCUGAAGCGGUAUGAGAACUACUCUGACAUCAUGGUCAGCAUCAAGAAAGAGAUCUCCAGCCUUGGACUACAGCUAUUGCAGAAAGACGCAGCCUCUGACAAUAAAGCACAAGGCACAGAGAUUAAAAAGUCCAAAGAGGUCAUAAAACCACCCAACAAGAAACCACCAGCUGCCAAACCUCCACCCAAACAGCCUAAAGACAAACCUGUCAAGCCCAAGAAAGACACUCCUGCCAAGUCACCUAAACCUGCAAAGCCAGACCCCACCACCAAAACCAAGACCUUGGGCCAGACUGGAGUCAUCAGGGGCAUCACCUACUACAAAGCAUCUAAGAAGGAUGACUCUGAUUCACAUUCAGCUGGGAAAGGAGAGAGGGAAAACCCUGCCAAAACCCACGCUGUCCACCAAAGCGAGGACAAAGGGAGUCCAGAGCUUGUCUUGGAAGCCUCUGAAAUAACUUCGACAGUACCGCCAAGAUCAGCCACCACCACAACCACGCUCAUUGCUAUGACAACAACAAGCACCACACAAGCAAUCACCAGUGAUGAAGCGCUCAUGACGAACUCCACCCUGUCCUCACCAGCACCAGAUAAAUCAGUGGUCACAGAAACUACAGGACUUAACGCCAAAGAAGGAAAACCCAAUGUAGGAAAGUUGCAAUUACACAAAGCAGGUAAAUCUGUAGACUGUGAGGGGACCAUAGCAUCAGUGGAGAUGCCAGAGAAACAUCACAGUUAUGGACGGAAUGAGGGAGCCUGGAUGAAAGACCCAGUGGCAAAGGACAACAAGAUCUAUGUGACCAACUACUACUAUGGCAACAACCUGGUGGAGUUCCGUAACCUGGAGAAUUUCAAACAAGGUCGCUGGAGCAACCUCUACAAGCUUCCCUACAAUUGGAUAGGAACUGGCCAUGUGGUCUACAAUGGUGCCUUCUAUUACAACAGAGCCUUCACCAAAAACAUCAUCAAAUACGACUUGCGAAUGCGCUAUGUGGCAGCCUGGACUCUUCUUCAUGAUGCAGUCUAUGAAGACACCACGCCCUGGAAAUGGCGAGGCCAUUCAGACAUCGAUUUCGCCGUUGAUGAGAGCGGUCUCUGGGUGAUUUACCCAGCACUGGAUUACGACUACUCGCAACAGGAAGUCAUUGCCAUCAGCAAGCUGGAUCCAGGCGAUCUAUCCAUGAGGAAGGAGACCACAUGGAAGACUGGGCUGAAGCGCAACUCGUAUGGAAACUGCUUUAUUGUGUGUGGCGUGCUGUAUGCCAUUGACGUCUACAACCAGAAAGAGGGCGAGAUUUCAUAUGCCUAUGACAUGCACACAAACACGGAUGCUGCCCCUCGUUUGCCAUUCACAAAUGUGUACGCCUUUGUAACUCAAGUAGACUAUAAUCCCAAAGAGAAGAUGCUGUAUGCCUGGGACAAUGGCCAUCAGCUUACAUACAAUAUACACUUUGUAGGCCAGUGAAGUUUCAUGUCUAAAAUCUGAUCUUGUUUAACCCACAAGUGUUUGUGGGCAAGUGGGGCAUCAGACAUUAAUCAGACAAGGUGCAUAGGAAAAAACAAGAGCGGUAUUGAAUUCCUUCUGCUACAGGGAAUAUGUGUACGUUUUGAGAUGUUAAAAUACAUCGUAUUUCCCAGAAAAUUGUAAAAAACUGUGGAUCUGUGAUGCUGUCAAAACAUUAUUUGAAGCAGGACCAGUGGCAGAUGGGUGGAGUGUUUAGGAAACCUGUUUGAAAAUGAGUUGGUUGAAAAUUGGUGACACUAGUGGUGCAGAAAUUACACACUUCACACUUUAGGUUGAGUGCUUACAUUUUGGAAAUAUAUUUUUCCCCUUAACAAAAAUGUAUUUAGGGAGAUGGAUGUCUCUUUUUAUGUUGCUCAUAAUUAGGGCCCAAAACUUUGUACAGUUUAACAAUUCGAAGUUAUAAACAAUCAUUGCAUGUGUUAAAACAAGGGUAGCCAUCUUAUACAGCUUUAUACAGUAAUGCUUUUUUUAUUUGAGGUUUAAUUUGAUGAUUGCAUGUUUUAGUAAUUUCAUUUAACAACAACAGAACAUAUUUUUUGACAUGGUCAUUUUAAAUGGGAUUUUAAAUGUUAUGUUAAUGUCUUUUAUUUUUAGUUAUUCACUUUGUAAAAUAUGACAUUUUCACUGUAAAUAUUUCCAAGAAUUUAUACAAAGUUAUGUUAUUCAUAUUAUAAGGCUGAGAUUUAUCAACCCCAGGUAUUUAAGUUACAUUUAUGUGCAAAAUUACAAUUUGUAUAGAGUUGCUAAAAUAAACUCACUCCUAAAUUAUGUUGGGUUAGGAGUCUUUCUUUUUGUGUUGAUCUUGUCAUCACUAUUACUAUUGCUAUUCCUAUAAAAUGUAGAAGUUUAACACCCUAGCAUCAUGGCGGGGAUAUUAUUUAUUUACACCUGUAUAUAUAGAGUUGUUACUAAUUUGCUGUGUGAUUUUACUAAUUACUAACAUAAGGUCUUAUGUAUGCAUAUACAGUAUGCUCUAUUCCAGUGGUUCUCAAUUGGUUGUGCUCAGAACCCAGAUUUAAAUUGGACAUCUAAUGAUGAUCAAACACAGUUCCAAAAUUAUUGUUGUUGUUGCUUUUGGACACAAGUAAAUAAAAAUGAACAUAAAAUAUUACUACAUGUUUUAAUUAAUCUAUUACUUGUAAUUAAUCAAUCUUAACAUGAAAAACUUUUGGAAAAACUAAACAGACUUGUUUUUAUAGCUUGAUUGUUUUUUAUUUUUAUUAUUGUUUCUUGAAUUUUUAUUGUAUCACAGUGUUUCCCCUAGGAUUUGUUUCAGCAGGAUUGUUGUGCAUGUGUCCCUGAGCCUGCAACACUGAACCGUAUUAAUGCACAUUGGUGAAGGAAUAACUUAAAGGUGCACUCAGUAACUUUUUGUAUUUGUGUCAUCUUGGACUUAAACUGACACCUAGUGGCUUGGAUGCAGCAUCAUUUAAAAUCAAUAGUUCUCAGUUUCAGAUGCCAUUGUAGAAAUUGUGUAUUCACAGUAAGUCAUGAUUACUUUAAUCAAUGAGUGAAAGUGUCAAAUAACAGGACAGUUACUGAGAAUAAGCAAGAAGUAUUUGACUGGUCAUGUGAUUCUAACAUGACAGCCCCCAUGUGUGGACCCUCUCCAUGCAGAA